AUGUCUCUUCUUUCAGAUCUCAUCAACCUUGAUCUCUCAGAAACCACCGAGAAAAUCAUCGCUGAAUACAUAUGGAUUGGUGGUUCUGGUUUGGACUUGAGGUGCAAAGCAAGGACUCUUCCAGGACCAGUUACUGACCCUUCAAAGCUCCCCAAAUGGAACUAUGAUGGUUCCAGCACAGGACAAGCUCCUGGAGAAGAUAGUGAAGUUAUUUUAUACCCACAAGCCAUUUUUAAGGAUCCAUUCAGAAGGGGUAACCAUAUCUUGGUUAUGUGUGAUGCAUACACUCCUGCUGGAGAACCAAUUCCUACUAACAAAAGACACGCAGCUGCCAAGGUUUUCAGCCAUCCUGAUGUUGUUGCUGAAGAAACAUGGUAUGGUAUAGAGCAGGAAUACACCUUGUUGCAGAAAGACAUCAAUUGGCCUCUUGGUUGGCCAGCUGGUGGUUAUCCUGGACCUCAGGGACCAUAUUAUUGUAGUGUUGGUGCUGACAAGGCUUUUGGCCGUGACAUUGUUGAGGCACAUUACAAAGCCUGUCUUUUUGCCGGCAUCAACAUCAGUGGAAUCAAUGGAGAAGUUAUGCCUGGUCAAUGGGAAUUCCAAGUUGGUCCCUCAGUUGGUAUCUCUGCUGGUGAUGAGAUAUGGGUUGCUCGUUACAUUUUGGAGAGGAUCACUGAGGUUGCUGGUGUGGUUCUUACCUUUGACCCUAAACCAAUUAAGGGUGAUUGGAAUGGUGCUGGUGCUCACACAAAUUACAGCACCAAGUCUAUGAGAGAAGAUGGUGGAUACGAAAUCAUCAAGAAAGCCAUCGAGAAGCUGGGGAAGAGGCACCCUGAGCACAUCGCUGCUUAUGGAGAAGGCAACGAGCGUCGUUUGACAGGGAAACACGAAACAGCUGACAUUCAUACCUUCUCAUGGGGUGUUGCAAACCGCGGGGCUUCGAUUAGGGUUGGAAGGGACACAGAGAAAGAAGGGAAGGGUUAUUUUGAGGACAGGAGGCCAGCAUCUAACAUGGACCCAUAUGUUGUUACUUCCAUGAUUGCAGACACUACCAUCCUCUGGAAACCAUAA